AAGGGUCAAGAGGAGGUCCACUCUAAAGAGCUGAAGGUGAAGCUGCUGACUGACUCAGUGAACAGUUUCAUCUCCAAAGCCCCUCCAGCUGCCCACGAUGCCCUCAAGGCAGAGCUGGUCGUGCUGACCGCUAACUACCAGAGACUCUGCAGCCGCCUGGACGGCAAGUGUAAAACCCUGGAGGAGGUGUGGGCGUGUUGGUGUGAGCUGCUGUCCUACCUGGAGCAGGAGAACGGCUGGCUGGACCAGCUGGAGCAGAAGUUAGACGAGACAGACAGCAUCCCGGGAGGAGCAGAGGAGCUCUGUGAGGCCCUUGAUGCCCUGGACACAUUGCUGCGUCACCCUGAAGAUGGGAGGAACCAGAUCAGAGAGCUGUCUCAGACCCUGAUGGACGGAGGAGUUCUGGAUCAACUGAUCCAGCACAAACUAGAGGCCUUCAACACACGCUGGAAUGAACUCAUGCAGAGG